CAGCUCAAUACAAGAGCUUCAUCACAGAGCAGAACACCUCCCAGGCAGUAAAAUGGGCGGUGAUUGGGCUUCCUGAGCCCGAAGCGUUUGCAAUCAGACGACUCUUCGUCCAAUAGUCAGCCGAGAAGUGCGAUUGUAUUUGGGCUCAGACUCGGCAAAUCUCAACAGUGGACGUGCGUAGAAAGCUGGUCCGGGAGACGAACUCGGAAAAGAGAAGCCCAAACCUAAAUAACUCAUCGUGAGGAAUGAAUCGACAGCAAGAGUCGAAAUAAAAGGAAAAAAACCUACAAAAGUGAAAAAUGAGCAAGAAAUCUCCCAAAGGCUGAGGGAAGUGGUUACCCAGUCAUUUUACUUACCACACAUCAUCUGCUGAUGGGUGGGAGUGAGAACAAGGGAAGCUGAACUGAGCAGCCACUGAAGACUCAUUGCUCAUUGAUUCUGAUACAGGCAGUACACCAGCUUUAUGCUGCCUGCUCAUUUACAGGGUUUGCUGGAAUACAUAACCAAGGAGCCACAUGCUACCUGAACACACUGCUUCAAACUCUCUACAUGUCUCCUGAAGUGAAGGAUGCUAUCAACAGAUUAAAUGAAAAACCAAUUCAGUCAAAGAAAAAUCUCAAUAAGAACAUCAGCAUUGACCACCAACUUAAAGAACUGUUUGAAAAGCUAGAUGCUAAAGAAACAGGAAAUACACAUGGGAUUACAAGAAACUUAGGCAUAAAGGUUUACAAACAACAAGAUGUAGCAGAAUAUUUCCGAAAGAUAGUGAACAAGCUUGCUGAAGAAAGUGAUGGGGAGACUUGUAAUAUAUCUCAGAUCUACCAAAGUAAAGUGAUUAAUUCUCUGACAUGUUUGGAGUGCAAUGUUGAAGCCCCAGAAGAAUGCUGCCUUUUGGAUAUUCCUUUGCCCAUUCACUUAAAUGAUUGUGGUUCCAGAAUCGAAAGUGUGAAUGCAGCCCUUCAAGACUUUUUGAAAGUUGUCACUUUGGAUGGAGACAAUUUGUGCUAUUGUGAAACCUGUCACAAGAAAACCAAGACAGAGAUGAGAUACUACUUUGAAAGGUUGCCACAGAUAUUGGUUCUUCAGUUGAAAAGAUUUGAGUUCGAUUAUUCCAUGAUGACUCUCAAAAAGUUGCACAACAAAGUAGAGAUUCCACUGAGCUUAAAAUUUCAGAAGCAGGAUAAAAAUAAUGGAAAAACAGAGUGGUGUCUAAAUUCCAUGGACUCCAAAGACUCAGUAAUAGCACAAGGAAAUGAAGAAUCUAGUUCAUUGGGAUCAGUGCUUCCUGCAAGUCCUGGAGGAAAGGAUUCGGAUGAUGUGCCGAAAGCAGAGAGGGCUGAGAGUCAUCAGGACUCCAAAGACUCAGUAAUAGCACAAGGAAAUGAAGAAUCUAGUUCAUUGGGAUCAGUGCUUCCUGCAAGUCCUGGAGGAAAGGAUUCGGAUGAUGUGCCGAAAGCAGAGAGGGCUGAGAGUCAUCAGGACUCCAAAGACUCAGUAAUAGCACAAGGAAAUGAAGAAUCUAGUUCAUUGGGAUCAGUGCUUCCUGCAAGUCCUGGAGGAAAGGAUUUGGAUGAUGUGCAGAAGGCAGAGAGGGCUGAGAGUCAUCAGGACUCCAAAGACACAGGGAAGGCACAGGGAAAUCAAGAAUCUAGUUCAUUGGGAUCAGAGCUUCCUGCAAGUUCUGGAGGUGAGGAUUUGGAUGAAGUGCAGAAGGCAGAGAGGGCUGAGAGUCAUCAGAUUUACUCAACAUACAACCUAUUUGCAAUCUGUGAUCAUUCCGGAGAAUUCGGCUUUGGCCAUUAUGUUGCUUACAUUAGACCAGAUUCUUCCAGUAAAUGGUACUGCUUUAAUGAUACAUGUGUCACUGAGAAGGAAGACUUCUUUCCUGAAGCAUACCAAGGCAAUACAGUCAGCACACCUUGUAUAAGAUCAUCGACAGCAUAUUUGCUAAUGUACAGAAAGGAGAAAGAAAACAGCAAUCAAGAACAUGUCAGAGGCAUUAAUGUGGAUGAGAAAGUUGAAAGAAUCAAGACACGAGGAAUAUGUGAUGGAGGAAACAAUGGCGAACAAAUCUUUGAACCUUACAACCCGAGUUUAGAAAAUCCUCCAUGCAAGAAUCAAGCACAAGCAAAAAACAGAGAUGAAACAAUGGAAAAAACAGAAUGCAGAAACCAGUCUGAAACGUCAAUAGAAAAUGGUGAAGAACCAGUUGUAGGUGACAAGUCAGAUGAAGACAGGAAAGAAGCAAGAGCAAAAGAAACUAAGGUCAGUGCAGGAAAGAAAACAGUCAAGAAGAGGAAUUUGAACAAGCCAACCCAAACAAAAUUAGAAGGGAAAGGAAAAGGGCCAUUGUUGAAACACAGAAAAGAAAAGUGGCAAAAUCUGAGAAAACAGAAGAUCAACUUGAAGAGUUGCCUACAACGCACCAUAAAGUGGCAAAAAAAGGUCCGUUCAAAUACCUUAAUAAAUUCACAACUUUCUGUGGAAAUCAUAAAAAUUGUUUAUGAAAACCUAAACAUUGCUGUAAAUUGAAGAUUAUUAAAGGUAAAUGAGAAUGAAAAAUCAAUGAAUUAAGCAAUAUGAAACUAUGUAAUCCAGUUUCUUAAAAUUAGUUUGUUAUUUAUAUGGGAAUUCAGAAGCAAAUUGUUUGCAGCUGAACUGAGUGAAUUAUCUAAGUCAGAUCAGCACAUUUUUUUCUUGGUUCAUUCAUAACACAUUAAUUCUGGUCCUUAUCUCUCACAUUCAAUUGCCUGGUUUUGCAAAAUAUAUAAUUUAUUUUAGCCCUCUUUUAAUGUGCAGCUUCAAUUAUUGACAAAGCUUUCUUUUGAUAAUAUCCUGCAAUAUAAAUGGAAAUUGUGGUGAUAGUGGU